GCUUUGUUGAUAAAGGGAGGUUCUUCAGAGGUUGAACACUAAACCAGACUACAGGCUGUUUCAGAAGACACACAAGUUACAGAAUGAAGGGGAUAACAUUCCUAUUGCUGGCACUUAGCUGCAGUUUGAUCCAGGCUCAGAUGGGACAGCAUAACUAUCCUGACAACUGCAAUCUGAUAAAAGACCUGGCAGCUACAGUUGAGAAACUGUCCACCGUGACGGAGAAGAUGGGGCAGAUGGAGACCAGGCUGCAGACGACGGAAAGAGAGUUGGAGGAGCUGAAGAAAGUGACUUCAGGCAAGCCUCAGAUAGCUUUCUCAGCCACACUCAGGGAAUCAGGCAGUGGUAACACUGGACCCUUCAAUGUUGACAAACCUCUGCAGUACAAGAAUGUCUACUCAAACGUGGGCAACAGCUACAACCCUGCUACAGGUAUCUUCACAGCCAGUGUGAAGGGGAUGUACUACUUCCGGUUUUCCAUGAUGAACAACCUGAGUGCCACGCCUAACUCUGUGGUGUCCCUGAUGAAAAAUGACCAGAGGCUGGCAUCUGUGUGGGACACCUCAGGGACUGAUGCCAAUGAUAUUGGCAGCAACGCAGCAGUCAUUCCUCUGGAGGUGGGGGACAAUGUUUACAUCAAACUGGUCGCCAACAGACUCAUCUAUGAUGAUGUUAUGAACUACAACACCUUCAGUGGCUUCCUGCUCUUUAAUAUGUAAGGCAAACACUGAAAAAUAGUUCAACUGAAUGAAUGACUUUCUUACACAUCAAGUUAGUAGUCAGUAAUGUGUGCAGUUUACAACACAGUGAUGUUAUACCUACUGUGAUCCAACUGAAUUUGAGUCAUUCUUAACAACACCAUCUCCAUUAUCCAAAUAAAACACACAAACACAGAUUUCUGGCAGAAACACAUGAUCAAAAAGCAUUUAGUUCUGGUUGAACAACAUUAUGUCUGUAACAAAAUGAAAAUGUACACCAUUAUCAACC